AUUUUCAACAUUAGCGAUUAAAAUCCAUAAAAAAAGUGAAAAUUAGCGAUUAAAAUCGCAUAUAAUCCUACUCCCUACUUGUCACUUCCCCUCUUUCUUUCUGGGCGAUGCUUUUUUACCUUCGAUGAUUCUUUCAAUCUGAAGAUUCCGUGGUUUAAGAAGAGUGGAUAUCAUAAAUUCACUAGUUGAGACUAAGUUGUCCAUAUUUCCCCUCACUUGCAACUUCAUGGAUAAAGGUGGUCGUGCUCGACACAUGGAGUUCUACAAAGGUGCUCACAGUCAGUGGAAUAUGGUGCCCCAAUAUCAGAUGAAGGAUCAGAAUGCUUUCUUAAUGCCUGGGAAGAUUGCACACAUCAUUGCUGAGAGGGAUGCUGCUUUUGAGGAACGUGAUAGAGCUCUUUCUGAAAGAAAGGCUGCAUUGGAGGAAAGAGAUUCAGCGAUCCAGCUACGUGAUGCAGCAAUCUCUGAGCGUGACAGUGCUUUAAGGGAACGAGAAAUUGCUCUCGAAGCCCUUCGAUUCCAGGAGACGACCAUGAGCACUGCAUGGAACAACACUAUCCAACGUGGAUCAAAGCGAGUUCACCAUGUUGCUAAUUACCCCUUGGUAGCUGCUUACAACACAAAGGAAGGGGCUAUAACUGAUGCGUUCCCGCUACAAGCCAUUUCAUCUGAAGGUGUAAAGGCGCACCAGGAAAAACCUAGAAAACCAAAGAAGUUUGUUUCAUCAAAGUCACAACUGAAGGCGAAGAAAAUAAAUGAAGAUUUGAACAGGCAUGUCACUACUGACUGGUCAAAGGCUGAGUGGGAUGCUAAGAAUCUCGGCUCGAUGAAGCAAAUCAUAUAUGAUGAAUCCACAAUGCCUAUACCCGUUUGCUCGUGCACAGGAGUUCAGCAUCAGUGUUACAAAUGGGGAAACGGGGGCUGGCAGUCGUCCUGUUGCACAACCACCAAGUCACAGUAUCCUUUGCCGCAAUUGCCAAAUAAGCGACACUCAAGGAUGGGUGGAAGAAAGAUGAGCGGGAAUGUUUUUUCUAGAUUGCUAACUCGGUUAGCAGCCGAAGGCCAUGACACUCGCAUGCCCUUAGAUCUUAAAGAACACUGGGCUAAGCAUGGUACCAAUCGCUACAUCACCAUCAGAUAAAUUCCCAACAAAACCUGGGUUUUAGGUUUUUUCUUAUUCCUUAAUCCCUGCUUGUGGAUCGAAAGUUAUCGCUUGAUGCUAUGUUAACCUAAACGGGGAUAAAUUUGGAUCUGGAAUACAGACUUUGUUUCCAAAAUAGUGAGUCAGGUCAAUUAUUUGGGGGUAAAUUUUCCGUGGAUGAAUUUAUACAUACUGCAGCUUUGGUUACGGAUUAACUGUUUUGUGGAAAAGUUUUUGCUUGCA